ACGUGCCGAGAAGAAGGCACGCGAGGAAGGCACGCAAGAAAGGCACAGUCAGCUGCCUAACGUUCGGUUGGCUAGUCCGAAAGCCAGAUAGUUCUUAUCAAGGUAGACGCGCGUAAGAAGCAGGCACCAACAUGGCGGACGAUGAGAGGAAGCGUCUCGAGGAUGAAAAGAAGAGGAAACAGGCGGAGACCGAUAGGAAAAGGGCUGAGGUCCGAGCCCGCCUCGAAGAGGCUUCCAAAGCUAAGAAAGCUAAGAAAGGUUUCAUGACCCCUGACAGGAAGAAGAAACUCAGGCUCUUGUUGCGUAAAAAAGCUGCGGAAGAAUUAAAAAAGGAGCAGGAAAGAAAAGCAGCAGAAAGGAGGCGUAUCAUCGAAGAACGUUGUGGAAAACCAAGAAACGUCGACGAUGCUAACGAAGCCGAGCUCCAGACGAUCUGUGCUGACUAUUGGCAAAAAGUAUACGCGCUCGAGGGCGAUAAGUACGACCUCGAGAGACAAAUUAGAAUGAAACAAUUCGAGAUCUCUGACUUGAACAGCCAGGUGAAUGACCUUCGAGGUAAAUUCAUGAAGCCAACCCUGAAGAAGGUUUCGAAAUACGAGAACAAAUUCGCUAAACUUCAAAAGAAAGCAGCCGAAUUCAACUUCCGUAAUCAAUUGAAACAAGUUAAGAAGAAGGAAUUCACUCUCGAGGAGGAGGAUAAAGAGAAAAAACCUGACUGGUCGAAGAAGGGCGAGGAGAAGAAGGUAAAGGAAGAAGAAGUCGAGGCGUGAAACAAAAUGGAUCGAUAAAAGAAAAUAUCCAUGCCGUCGUGUUGUUCUCCUCGAAUUACGAGCACACAAAUGGAUAUUUUAUAUUCGUUCAGAGCAUAUAACAAACGGCUCGGUUGUUCUUUAAAUAAUUAUUUUAUUAAUUUCCCCGUUCUCCCCUUAUUUUUCGUUUGUUCUUCAUUAUUUUCUUUUUAUUUUUUUUUUGUUCUCUAUCUUUCAUAUUUGUUCUACAAUUUGUAAUGAUAAUUCUUUAACCAAUCGAUGUCCCUCUGUCAAAAAUCAAUGUACAUUCAAUCCUUCAAUUGUCUAAUUCCUUUCUAAUUAUUGUACACAUCUGUUUAAGAUAAUUUCCAUUGAUUUUCACACACACUUUUAUUAUUUAUAUUCUAUUACACACGUGGGGACGCGAAUGCUAAUGACGAAAGAUGGCUGCGAGAAAAUAAGGGAAUCAUUAUUUAAGGUUUAUUGUAAAGCAAAAUACUUGACUACAAAAAUGAGUGUGUGCUGUUGUCA